GAGAAUCGCACGCGUUAUAUGUAUAAAAAAAAAAAUUGACUGUGUCCUAAACGCGUACGUGCCGAAUGAAGCGCGCUUGCUUUGUUUGAGACACUGUUUAGGGCGCCUAUAUAGAGAACCAGGAAGUAAGUUGUGAUUGAACCGAGUUGGUUUGGGAAGUCCGUGGAGUUUAAGGGGAAAUUCAGCAAAGGUUUGGUGUUAAAGGAGCCUCGCUGCGGAGAAGUGAGAUUUACCAAAACAGAUGGCAAGAAAAAAUGUUUCCCAGAAGUGGAUAAACAUCUAAACAAACCUUGAUCUAUUUCUUUGUUUAAUAAUAAAUAUAUAUAAUAUCCGAGAUAAAAUGUUGCCGAGAUUCAGCAGUUUCCUGUUACCGCUCUGCCUGUUAAUCUCUCCUGUUCUUCUUUCCACAAUUCCUGCCCCGACUAAUAUCAGUGUGACAUGCCACAAUUUUAAGAAUGUUUUGUACUGGAACUACAGUGAACCUGAUUUACAGCCUGAAUUCAACAUAACAAUCAAUGGAUAUGCAAGUGAACCCAGAAAUCUGCUCACCAAUCAGACCUACCUGGACAUCAGUGAAUACACUCAGAAAAAUGAAUAUGGUUACUAUGUAACAGUGGAAGCUCAAGCGAAAGGAUCAGAGCUCAGAAGUUCAUCUCAAGACAUUACAUUCAGCUACAAUGAAAACGAGUCAUCUGAUGUAACAUGCAUGAUGGACUUCCCAGUGAUAGAGUUUUCCGUCCUUCAACACACAGUCGACUUCUUCUUUUCUCAUCCCUUUAAUGUCUAUAACAUUUCAUCCCUGGAAGGCACAUUUUACUACAUUGUUAGUUUUAAUGGGAUCCAGAGCAAAUUUAAUUGUAAUGAUGAUGAGGAUGAGGAAUGCUCAGGAGGUUUACCCCUAACUGACAGUCUUAACGGGAGAUGCAUGCCUGUAGAUGUCCGAGGAGCCGUUAAUGGAAUAUCAGCUAAAACUAGCGAAGAGGUGUGCAGCGAAGUUCGUCCUAAUGACCCGGAUUGGGCAGUGCUUGUGACCAUUCUCCUGUGUUCUGGGGGUGCCCUUUUGUUCUUAAUCAUAUUGGCAGUCGUGGUUUACAUAAAACUGACUCGGCCUGACUCUCAAAGCACAAUAAUCUCCAAACUCCUGGGAAUGGUGAACUCUGAUCAUGUUGUCCAUGUGCCCGAGCACGCGGAUGUGACCGAGGUGAUGUCUAUAGGUCAGACCCCUCUGCUGGAGACCUGCGAUCCAGAUCUUUCAAACUCCUCUAGCCCUGUGUUCGACAGUGCUCCCACUCACAUCCCCGAUCAGUUCGAUCCUGACAUCAAGCAGUCAGAAGAUGAAGAAUUUAAUGACGAGGAUGGUAAUUCUGGAGGUUUUAACAGCGGUAACAGCUUCUCAGGCUAUGACAGCCAGAAGUUUCCUAUCGAUAUGGGACAAGGAGACAUAGUAGAGGCCUACGGGCCACGUUAGCCCUGAAGCGUGCACUUGUGAUUGCUUUAAACUGCAAUGUCUACACGACAAGUUUACUACAGAGCGAUAACAACCAUUCAUAUUCUACAUUGUGCAUUCAAACCAGAUCUGCAAAUCUGUACGCAUGAUGUCUGCCUCUUUACAUCAGCAUACCUCGCUAUGAGUUAUAGUUUAAAAGUCCACCAGCGGAGCCUUACUCUAAAACAGCAGAUCGAAAUAUAAGCUGGAACAAGUGACGUUCCUGUUGAAAUGCUUUGGUGUUAUCUUACACCGGUUGAAAGCUCUGUCCUGCUUUCCCUGCUUCUCGUAUAAGUACCGUUUCACCCAAGGACUUGAUUUUCUUCGCUUGAACAUUUCAGAUAAUGACCAUACGCUAGCAUUUAUUCAAGUAGGGGAUUAAGAACUUGUUUACCAAUAUUUGCUUCCAACUCAUGACCUUGGCUUUACUAUGAAGUCAAAAUAGCUUUUUCGUUGUGCUAACACAAACGGUUGGUACAGCUGGUAUUGUAAAUGGUGAUCGUUGUGACUUUUUAUUGGUGCAUAUUCAGUGUUUUGUUUGUUUAUUUUUUUUCCCAUGGGGGGGAGGAACUAAACAUUGAAGACUGUUAUUAGGGUUAAUCAGAGGUUUGACACUUAGCCCUAUUUAAAUUUAAAAUAAAAAUGCAAUUGUCAAUUUUUUUAAGACUAUAGAAGGGUUUUAAGAAGUGAUGACUCAGAAUUUCGGCAGUGUGAGAGAUCAUUUCAAUAAUAGCUUUAGUUUGGUGUGAAAGUAAAGUACAGACUGAGUUAUUGACUGUUAGAGGAGUAGCAUUUUAUAUUUGAGGCCUUGAAUUCUGCAAAGACAGCAACGUCUUUGGGCACUUUAAAUAUGUUGAAUUGGAUAGACUGGGCUUGAUCACUUUCAUUCCCUGUUGUUUUAAGUGCUAUAAAAGAGCAUCCAAUAAUACUUAAGGAAAAAAAGAAAUGUUUUUCCUUCACCGUGUUUAAGAUUACCCAGAUUAGGCAUUUGCUGUUUGUUCGAGCACUUGAAACUUUUUUUGUUUUGUUUUUUUCCUAAUUUGAUAUGACAGUCUGGAUGUUUUGCCAUGCUGUGAAAAGCAUCACUUCUUGCACCUUUGUUCCACUAUAAAGGAACAUGCUAAAAUUUGUUUUAUUAGCAUUAAAUGUGCAGCAGCAACAGAAUGGAACACAAUCAGGGUCACUGUACUAUACAAAAAUACCGCCUGUUCUGCUUUAGUGUUACAUGUAUGUACCUCUUUGUCUAACUAAACCAACAUUUACAGUACAUUUCCAGCAAGCAACGCCUAAUAUUCACUGCAUGCUAUACAAGUAUUACAAUAGAAACUAUUCAAGUACAGUACAUGUAAUCAUGUCUUUUUGACUUUGUUUCAGUGUGUGAGAAAGUGUGUAUCAAUUUAAAUAAACAUUCCUUGUUGA